AUGCCCAUGACCACGGAGGUGCGGCAGGCCAUCACCCAGAUAAAGAAGGAUGUCCAGAUCCCCAUAAAUACGAAAUGGUUGCAGAUCCGCAACCACUUGAUGCAAGCAGGGCUCUUGUACCAGCUGCAGGUGAUUCCCAGCUCCAUGCUGGUGCACCCAGCCAAUCGCGGUGGCGCCAUGCUUUCAUGGCAUGACUGCCACCACAAGGGCCACGCCAUCCUUGCCACAGGCCCAGACUUCGCCAAGAUCACCCAGUCGGUGUGCAUCGAGUUGGCCACCGAUGCAGACAAGCGCCAGGCCCAGAUCAAGGCCAAUGUGGAGCUCUGCGAGGCCAGCGGAGGCCAGCUAGCCAAACCCACAGGGCAGGAAAGGUACCUGAGCCUGGGCAGCUCCCACUUGACCCAGUUUUGCAAGGCCGUCGAGAACAACGCCAAGACCAGCCACUCAGAGCUGUCCAAGCUUUGCCAAGGGGUGCUGAGCCUCGAUGCUUGCACCCAGGGCCAUGGUCCAGAUUCCGUGUUUUCCCGGAUGAUUUCGCAGGGAUGGAAAUGGGAUUGCCUGGCCGCCGAGGUCGAGGUAAUUUUCCCAGACCUCCCAUUGCUCAUCCAGCAAGCUUUGAAUUCCUCCCACAUCACCCAAAGCUCCGGGAAUGAGGUCGAAGCGAUGUUCCACAUCGCUUCCCACUUCGAGGCCACGAAAUCCUUGCCCCAAGCGGUGCAGCUGGCCAUGACCACGCGACCACCAUGUCUGCCAUACAUGAGCUCGGUGAGCAACUUUGUCCAGAACUAUUCUGGGGGGCCAAGCUUUCCAAUCGUGAAGAUCUUGGCCCAUGUGAGUCGAUCCUUCCAGACGUCCCUCAGCCUCGGCCAGGAGUUCACAGAGUGUGUAAGCCAGCUGGAUUUCAAGGAGCCAUCCUCCAUGUUCCCGUGGCUUCGAGCGGCCAGCUUCGCCGCCAACUUGGCCUCUCCCCACUCCAAGGACAACAUUGGGCGGUCCAUCUCCAAGUCGGACGUGGAGAAGCUCCGCCAUCCGAGCCACCGCUCUGAGGUGCUCCAAGCGGAGAAGCAGCUGCAGGUGAACUUUGAGCUGCUGAAGGCCCAAGGUGACCAUGAAACCAACUUGGGGCUGUCCUGCCAAGCGCGGGCCAUGAUCAGGACCAUUUUGUACCUGACGAAGAGGCAGGGCAAGGGCCAUGAGACGCACCACUAUGACAGUCUUGCAGAGAUUGCCCAAGCCUUCGGCACGGAGAUGCAAAAGUUGCACGCGGGUUCCGCCAGCAGCUCCAGUGCAGCACCCAAAGAAGCUGAAGAAGCAGUUUUGCCAAUGCAGCUGGAGGACACCAUGGAUGCGGCCAAGAUCUGCCUCAAGCGAACAGCCAUGCAAAUCGGCCAGUACUACAAGCAGAAAGGCGAAGCCAAGCUGUGGAAGUUCGUCGAGCUGGACCAUGAGAAGGCCCACUUCCACCACCAGCCUUUGUUCAGUUCCGGCGAGGAGCCAGAGGUUCUCACAGUGCCACACGAGGAGUUGAAGAACUUCAAGCUGACCCCAGGCGAUCCACCCCAGCUGGUCGCCACAGACGACAUGGAGCCAUUGCUGCCACAGAACAGCCAGAUCGUGGAGAUGGAGCAGGCCAAAGCCAAGGCCAGCCUCCUGCUCUUCCAGACCUAUAGCAAGUGCUCCAGCUGGCACAUGCCAGAUGCAUCGAGCUUGGUUUGGGCAACCAAGGGCGCUGGCCUGUUUGCCAACAGCCAGCACCAGAAGUUGACGCUGGUGCCAUACGGCACCAUGUCCACCCUGAAGGAUCUGGCCAAGCAGACUGUCAGCAGGACCAGCUGUGUCGUGUCAGGCCCGAACGGCACCCAGUUCCAAGUGUCGGCACCCAAGCUAGACCUCGAGAAAGUGCAGGGCUUGGCUGUGCCUUUCUUCCAUGUCGGCCAGACCACGGAGUCAGACUUGGUGAACAUGGAGGCCGCCACCAUCAACGUGGAGAAGCACACCAUCCCAUGCUAUCGCAACAAGCGCAAGCUCCAGGCUGGGGACCAGCUGCUGGUGCUCAAGCCAGAAGAGAACACGCCUGACAAGGCCAAUGCGGCCAAGGAGACCAAGAAGGCCGCGAAGAAGGAGGCCAAGGCCACGGAGAAGACGACAAAGCCAGCCAAGAAGCCACGAAAGUAG